AGUGUGUUAAAGAUGUUGAAGACUUAAAAAAAGGGAAAACAAAAAACCCUAAUUCUCAGGCAGGGUGUGGAAGAGGAACUCAGCUUCAAAAACCCUAGAGCAAUUCAGGAACGCCAAAAAUGGGGGGUAAAUGUCCGCACAGGAGCGUCAAGAAAAGGAGAUACUCUCACAAAACCGCACGCCGCACCAAAUUCCUCAUCAAAGGUGAUGACAUGGUUUACGAUCAGCUAAACAAGGCUGAUGAAGAGAGACCUUUACCUGUUGAUGAAGAUUUGCCUGGGAUGGGACAGUACUAUUGCCUUCACUGCGAUCGGUAUUUUUCCAAUGUAGCUGUGAGGGAUGAGCAUUUUAAGACCAAAAAACACAAGAAGCGUGUAAAACAAAUGAUGGGUCCUGCACCUCAUACUCAACUUGAUGCUGAACUAGCUGCUGGAAUGGGAAUGCCAGACAAUGGACCAAAGUUGAUGUCUAUGUAACUUAUUUUUGGGACAAAUUGAUUAUACAAAUUUUGAGCCUUUUGUAAUGAGAUUGGAUGCUAAGUUGAUAUGUUAUGAUGCUAUAGAUGUUAUCUUAUUUCUACCAAUAUAUUAUAAUGCUUAUUCUCGUUUCUGCA